UUUACAUCCAGGUCCACCAAUCGAAACAAGAGAGUGAGCAAUGCGAGGAGCUCUCCCUCCAUCUGCUGCUCCAAUGGAGUCAUCCCCAAACCCCAGCAACCCCUUCGAUGAAUUCACGUCCUUCCUUCAUCACCACGCCUCCCGCGUAGGCGCUGAGCUUUCGGCUCGCUUCGAUGAUGGCCGGCGUCGGCUCCGUUUCCUCGCUGCGGCCGCCAAAGCAGCGCCUUUUGCUGCCGCGUCGCUUGAGGCCAAGCACGCGUUUGAUGUGGCUCUCAGUGCGGAUUAUGUCGCGAAGACUCUCUCCGGGACUCCUGUUUACACUGUGAGCAACUCCAACAAUGAGUUCGUCCUCGUUUCGGAUCCUAACAAUGGUCUCAAGUCUCUGGGGUUGCUUUGCUUUCGGCAUGAGGAUGCGCAGGCUCUUCUUGCGCAGGUUCAAUUGCGGCAGCCGGUCUUGGGAAAAGGGGCUAGGGUAGUGCCCAUUACACUUGACCAGGUUUAUAUGCUGAAGGUUGAAGGAAUAGCAUUUCGAUUUUUGCCUGACCCUCUUCAAAUAAAGAAUGCACUAGAGUUAAAAGCUGCUGAACGUUCUAAAGGAUUUGAUGGGGUACCUGUUUUUCAGUCAGAUCUCUUAGUUAUUAAGAAGAAAAAUAAGCGUUACUGCCCAAUAUAUUUUCAAAAGGAAGAUAUAGAGAGAGAACUUAUGAAGGUUUCAAAGACAUCGAGAGGAUUCAGCUCUUCUCAGCACAUAAUGGUUGGAUGUUUGGAGGAUGUUCUGAAGAAGAUGGAGUUGAAUGAUAAGAAUUCCGGUUGGGAUGAUCUAAUAUUCAUCCCACCGGGGAAAAGCUAUACCCAACACAUCAAUGAAGUUUCAGCAUAAUUCAAGUAUGAUUCAAGCCUCCGGCAGUGAUAGAAAUAUCAAUAUAUACGCCUUAAUCUUUUAUUCGUCGUUAGGAAAGUUCAGCCAUUGCCCUAAUUUUCAAUUUUAAGUGCACUCUCUUGCCCUAUGAUCAAGCUUAAGAAUUCUUAGUUAUUUGGAGUUCCAAAAUGGUCACCGGCAGUAUAUCACUAUCUUAGAAGAGUGUUACUGUAUUUUUCGUAUUGCCAAAAGAUGCGGGAAGAGUUAUAAAAAACCGACAAAAGAAAUUACUGUCGUCGUUUACAGAAGAGACAUUGCUUGAUUGAUCAAUGUUUUUCUUAUUGAUAUUUACGUAUUCUAUAUAUCAUGAAUCUCUUGCGGUGAUGAAAUUCUCUCGAAUUCAAUAAGAAUACUUUAAAGCUAGAUUGAAUUUU